AGAGUGAAUUCCGUGGAUGCCGGGGACUGGUGUCCUCUGGUGCAUGCUGCCAGUGCGGGUUUCCUCAACGUCAUCAGCUUCCUGGUGUCGUGCGACUGGGUCGUCAGGUCAGACGCUGACCUGGGCCUGGAAGAGGCGGCGCAACAGGCGCUCUCUGCGGCUGCCCUGCGUGGCCAUGACCCGGUCGUCGACUUCCUUUUGGACAUGGGCGAAGUUACAGUGAAUCGUGUGGACACGUUAUUCGGGGAGACUGCAUUGACAGCAGCGGCAUCUAGGGGACUCGCGGGACUCUGUAGUAAGCUGAUGCGCAGAGGAGCCCGUGUAGAUGUCGGGGACUUGAGAGACUCGCCGGCGCUGGUCAGAGCCAUCAAAGAAGGCCAUUGGGAAGCCGCAGAUGUCGUGUUGUCACAUGGUGCAAGUGUGGAUCAGAGCGACGGGCAACGGAGAACUGCCCUCAUGAUGGCUGCCAGUGAAGGCCAUGUUGCUCUUAUAGAGCUGCUUCUUGGAAAAAAAGCGAAUGUGAAUGCCGAAGACAGGGACAGGAUGACCGCCUUGGGCUGGGCAUGUAUGCGAGGUCAUCUCGUUUGCGUGCAAGUGUUGUUGGACGGGGGUUGCAACAUCAACCACUCUGACAAAUACGGACGCACUCCUUUGGACCUCGCUGCUGAAAAAGGGCAUUUUAGGGUUGUUCAGUUAUUGGUUGACAAAGGGGCAGAAGUGGAACACUUGGACAUGAACGGAAUGAGACCCUUGGACAGAGCGAUUCAAGCUGAUCAGUUGGAAGUUGUGAACGUGUUUUUACGCAAAGGUGCCAAACUGGGAUCUGCAACGUGGACUUUGGCCCAAGGCAAAUACUGUAUUGUGUUGACAUUGCUGAAGAAGCUGCUCGAAGAUGGACAGACAUUAUUGAAGAAGGGUCAAUUGCAAGACGCAGCUUUUCGCUUUGGCUACGCGUCUAAAAAGUUGCCAAUUUACCAACCAGUACCGGAAGGAAUGUCUCAGCUGAAUGUGCGAUGUUUCGCUAGUCUCGACCUCAGCCUGGUUCUCGGGCUGUCGCGUUGCAAACGCAAAAUU